CCACGCCGAGGCGGCGGGGCGAUGCGCUUGCGCAUUGAGAGUUCACACCAUAUGUGCCCUGUCUCAGUGCGCGGGUCUGUGGAGAGCCGGGUGCGAGAGGCGGCAGCGCCGUGGGGACGAAGCCGAAGGGGGCCCAGAGUCGGCCGGGGGACAGUGGGUCUGUGAGAGACCGAGUGGAGGGGCUGGGGCCACGAGCGCCGCUGUCACGCGAUGGGGAAGAAGCAGAAAAACAAGAGCGAAGACAGUGCCAAAGAUGAUGCUGAUCUUGAUGCCUUGGCUGCAGAAAUAGAAGGAGCUGGUGCUGCCAAGGAACAGGAACCUCAAAAGUCAAAGGGGAAAAAGAAAAAGGAGAAAAAAAGGCAAGACUUUGAUGAAGAUGAUAUCCUGAAAGAACUGGAAGAAUUGUCUUGGGAAGCUCAAGGCAUCAAAGCUGACAGAGAAGCUGCUGCAGUAAAGCCAACAGAAAAUAAUGAAGAAGAAUCCACCUCAAAACAAGAUAAAAAAAAGAAAGGACAGAAAGGCAAAAAACAAAGUUUUGAUGAUAAUGAUAGUGAAGAGUUGGAAGAUAAAGAUUCAAAAUCAAAAAAGACUGCAAAACCAAAAGUGGAAAUGUGCUCUGGGAGUGAUGAUGAUGAUGAUUUCAAUAAACUUUCUAAAAAAGCUAAAGGGAAAGCUCAGAAAUCAAAUAAAAAGUGGGAUGGAUCAGAAGAGGAUGAGGAUAACAGUAAAAGAAUUAAAGAGCGUUCCAGAGUAAAUUCUUCAGGUGAAAGUGGUGAUGAAUCAGAUGAAUUUUUGCAGUCUAGGAAAGGACAAAAAAAAAAUCAAAAAAAUAAGCCAGGUCCUAAUGUGGAGAGUGGGAAUGAAGAGGACGACUCCUCCUUCAAAAUUAAGACAAUGGCCCAAAAGAAGGCAGAAAAGAAAGAGCGUGAGAGAAAAAAGCGAGACGAAGAAAAGGCAAAACUGCGGAAGCUGAAAGAAAAAGAAGAGUUAGAAACUGGUAAAAAGGAUCAGAGUAAACAAAAAGAAUCUCAAAAGAAAUCUGAAGAGGAACCUGUAAAAUCCAAAGUGACUCUUGAUGCUGGAGCAGCCCCUGCCUCUGAAGAGAAAGGAGAGACUCCCACAGCCGCUGAAGAUGAUAAUGAAGGAGACAAAAAGAAAAAAGAUAAGAAGAAAAAGAAAGGAGAAAAGGAAGAAAAAGAGAAAGAGAAGAAAAAAGGACCUAGCAAAGCCACAGUUAAAGCUAUGCAAGAAGCUCUGGCCAAACUUAAAGAAGAGGAAGAAAGACAGAAGAGAGAAGAGGAAGAACGUAUAAAACGACUUGAAGAAUUAGAAGCCAAGCGUAAAGAAGAGGAAAGAUUGGAACAAGAAAAAAGAGAAAGGAAAAAGCAAAAGGAAAAAGAAAGAAAAGAACGCUUGAAAAAAGAGGGGAAACUUUUAACUAAAUCCCAGAGAGAAGCCAGAGCCAGAGCUGAAGCUACCCUUAAACUUCUACAAGCUCAGGGUGUUGAAGUGCCAUCAAAAGACUCUUUGCCAAAGAAAAGACCAAUUUAUGAAGAUAAAAAGAAGAAAAAAACACCACCACAGCUAGAAAAUAAAGAAGUGUCUGAACCAACAGAAUUAAGUGCUGCUGUAGAAGUUGUGGAACAGGGAGUACCAGAAAAAGAAGAGACACCUCCUCCUGUUGAACCAGAAGAGGAAGAAGAAACUGAGGAUACUGGAUUGGAUGAUUGGGAAGCUAUGGCCAGUGAUGAGGAGAGAGAACAAGAAGGAAACACCGUGCAUAUAGAAGUAAAAGAGAACCCUGAAGAGGAAGAGGAGGAGGAAGAAGAUGAAGAGGAAGAAGAAGACAGUGAAGAGGAAGAGGAAGAAGAAGGAGAAAGUGAAGGCAGCGAAGGUGAUGAAGAAGAUGAAAAGGUGUCAGAUGAGAAGGAUGCAGGGAAAACAUUGGAUAAAAAAUCAAGUAAAGAACUGAGCUCAGAAUCUGAAUAUGACUCUGAUGAUGAUCGAACUAAAGAAGAAAGAGCUUAUGACAAAGCAAAACGGAGGAUUGAGAAACGGCGACUUGAGCAUAGUAAAAAUGUAAAUACAGAAAAGCUGAGAGCCCCUAUUAUCUGUGUACUCGGACAUGUGGACACAGGGAAGACAAAAAUUCUAGAUAAACUCCGUCACACACAUGUACAAGAUGGUGAAGCAGGUGGUAUCACUCAGCAAAUUGGGGCCACCAAUGUUCCCCUUGAAGCUAUUAAUGAACAGACUAAGAUGAUUAAAAAUUUUGAUAGAGAGAAUGUACGGAUUCCAGGAAUGCUGAUUAUUGAUACUCCUGGGCAUGAGUCUUUCAGUAAUCUGAGAAACAGAGGAAGCUCUCUUUGUGAUAUUGCUAUUUUAGUUGUUGAUAUUAUGCAUGGUUUGGAGCCCCAGACAAUUGAAUCUAUCAACCUUCUGAAAUCUAAAAAAUGUCCCUUUAUUGUUGCACUCAAUAAGAUUGAUAGGUUGUAUGAUUGGAAAAAGAGCCCUGACUCUGAUGUGGCUGCUACUUUAAAGAAGCAGAAAAAGAAUACAAAAGAUGAAUUUGAGGAGCGAGCAAAGGCUAUUAUUGUGGAAUUUGCACAGCAGGGUUUGAAUGCAGCUUUGUUUUAUGAGAAUAAAGAUCCCCGCACUUUUGUGUCCUUGGUACCUACCUCUGCACAUACUGGUGAUGGCAUGGGAAGUCUGAUCUACCUUCUCGUUGAGUUAACUCAGACCAUGUUGAAUAAGAGACUUGCGCACUGUGAAGAGCUGAGAGCCCAGGUGAUGGAGGUUAAGGCUCUUCCAGGAAUGGGCACCACUAUAGAUGUAAUACUGAUCAAUGGGCGUUUGAAAGAAGGAGAUACAAUUAUUGUUCCUGGUGUAGAAGGGCCCAUUGUAACUCAGAUUCGAGGCCUCCUAUUACCUCCUCCUAUGAAGGAAUUACGAGUGAAGAACCAGUAUGAAAAGCAUAAAGAAGUAGAAGCAGCUCAGGGGGUGAAGAUUCUGGGAAAAGACCUGGAGAAGACAUUGGCUGGCUUACCCCUCCUGGUGGCUUAUAAAGAAGAUGAAAUCCCAGUGCUUAAAGAUGAAUUGAUCCAUGAGUUAAAGCAGACACUAAAUGCUAUCAAAUUAGAAGAAAAAGGAGUGUAUGUCCAGGCAUCUACACUGGGAUCUUUGGAAGCUCUACUUGAAUUUCUGAAAACAUCAGAAGUGCCCUAUGCAGGGAUUAACAUUGGUCCAGUCCAUAAAAAAGAUGUUAUGAAGGCUUCAGUGAUGUUGGAGCAUGAUCCUCAGUAUGCAGUAAUUUUGGCCUUUGAUGUGAGAAUCGAACGAGAUGCACAAGAAAUGGCUGACAGUUUAGGAGUUAGAAUUUUUAGUGCAGAAAUUAUUUAUCAUUUAUUUGAUGCCUUUACGAAAUAUAGACAAGACUACAAGAAACAGAAACAAGAAGAAUUUAAGCACAUAGCAGUAUUUCCCUGCAAGAUGAAAAUCCUCCCUCAGUAUAUUUUCAAUUCUCGAGAUCCAAUAGUGAUAGGAGUGACUGUGGAAGCAGGUCAGGUGAAACAGGGGACACCCAUGUGCGUCCCUAGCAAAAAUUUUGUUGACAUUGGAGUAGUCACAAGUAUUGAAAUAAACCAUAAACAAGUGGAUGUUGCAAAAAAGGGACAAGAAGUCUGUGUCAAAAUAGAACCUAUCCCUGGGGAAUCUCCCAAGAUGUACGGGAGACAUUUUGAAGCUACAGACAUCCUUGUCAGUAAGAUUAGCCGGCAGUCCAUCGAUGCCCUCAAAGACUGGUUCAGAGACGAAAUGCAGAAGAGUGACUGGCAGCUUAUUGUGGAGCUGAAGAAAGUAUUUGAAAUCAUCUAAUUUUUCCACAUGGGACAGGAAUUGGAGAAAAUGCAAUAUUAUGUUGUAACAUCACCAAGAAAAACAAGAAAAAAUGGAAUGGAUGUAAUCUGGACACUGAUGAACUUAAGUACGGAAGGAAAAAAAUAGGUGUAUACAAUGUUUUCCAUGAGAAACCAAGAAACUUACACUGGUUUGACAGUGGUCGAUUACAUGUCCCCACGGUUCCAACGUGCCUGUUCACUCGCCCAGCCCUCCUCUACUGGCUGCUGUUUUCAAGUCUGCCCUUCCCCAAAUUUGGAUUUUUAUUACAGAUCUCAAGCUCUUUGAAUUUUAUACUGAUUAAAUCAGUACUGCAGUAUUUGAUUAACCAAGCUUCUGCAGAUUUUGUGAUUCUUGGGACUUUUUUGAUGUAAGAAAUACUUAUUUAUGCAUAUCCUUCCCACAGUGAUUUUUUCCAGCAUUCUUCUGCCAUAUGCCCUUAGAAAUUUUUUAAAAUAGAAAAUUAGGCAUUCUGAUAUUUCUUUCUUCGCUUUGUGUGAAACCAUGGUGUAAAGCCUAGCUGGCUGCUCUUUACUGCUUGUAUAGUCGAGAGUCCACUGUAAUCAGCACAAUUCUGAACUUCCAAUAAAGAAAACAUUCACCAGUAAGCUCUGUUAGCCCUCAACCUUAGCGCAGCUUCUCUCCCAUGAGUCAUCCUCCUCGGUUCAGCUCGUUCUUUUAAGGACAUGGACUGUGAACUAGCAUAUCUUGUGUACUAGCACAUGUUAACAUUAGGAACUUUUAUACAGCAAUCUUGGUCUAUAUUUUAUCCUAGAAAAUUCUCUUAUGCAUACAUUUUCUGAUGAGACAAUCAAUAGGGACGAUUAACUAUUUGGGCUUAGUGCUUCUUUCUGAGUUGUUGCAGAAACAUCAUAAUGAUUAUUUGUAUGAGUAAUCUGACUGUGGCUAGUUUUAUGGUUUUCCUGAAGAAUGUAGGAAGUGGGUCCACAGGAGGAUAUAUACUCCUUCCCCAAUGUAAGAAAUCUCUUCACGUGAGAUUCUUGUAACAAUCUCUAAUAUCUAUCUGACUGACUACCUGUUUAAUAGCUCAGUGUUUGAAGAAAAUGUUCCCAAGUAUUCACUGGCAUAGAAUUAUAACCUAUAUUUUUAAAGUGUUAGAGUAUAACAUAGUAUAGAAAAAUACUUUAUAUACAUUUGAGAAUCUGUACCAUUCUUCAUUAUUAUUCAAGUUUCUCAAGGGCCAGUAGAGGCAAAAACACCUCUAAACCAUCUGUGGGACAUAAUUUUCCUAGGAAAAAAUUCAAUUUUUUGUGUGUGUGUUCUAAUUCAAAAUAAUGUAAAUUCCUCUACUUGGAAGAAGUAAAGAAGAUUUUCGUAACAUGCUCAUGUGUUCAUGCUUGGGGACAAGAAUGGUAAGAAAGAUUGUUCAGAAGCUCUACCCCUGCUUGGAACGAGCAGAGUCCCAGUCUGGGGCCUCAGGAAAUUUCACAGAUUAGCAGGGAGCCUGUAAGAGUCUGGCUUGAGGGU